ACAUGGGUUGCGACUUGUUGGGCUGCGGACCGGAGGGGGACUGUGUGUUCAACGCUGAUGGAUUUCGCUCUUGCAAAUGGAAAUCACCCUGUGGCACAUGCCCCUCUUUAGCCACCUGCAAGACCAUCCGUGCAAAUAAUUCCGAAGAGGCGGUCGUGCCGUACUGCGAGUGCCCUCCGGGCUAUGGGAUGACCGCAACAGAAUGCAAAGCGG